AUGACUGCUGUUGCAUCUGAUUUUCCGGAUGUUACAAGAUUCAUACUUUGGUCAGAUUCUUGUGUUCCCCAAAAUAAAAACUCAGUGAUGACUGUAGCAUUAAAAAAGUUUUUGCAAGAAAAUCCAAACAUCCUACAGAUUACACAAAAAUUUUGCGAACCUGGACAUAGUUCAAUUCAAGAGGUUGAUAAUGUCCAUAGCCAAAUCGAAAAAAAAUUGGCUAAUAUGAAAAUUUAUAGUCCUCUAGGUUUACUUAGAGCACUCAAAGAAGUAAACAGAAAGUCACCAUUUUAUGUUUCACACAUGCAACUACAAAACUUUAAAGAUUAUCAAGGUGCUUCUAAAAGCUACAAUUUUAAAAAUAUACCAUAUUGUGCUUUAAAAGUUCUAAAGUAUUUAAGCAAUAAACCAAUGCAAGUAUACUUUAAAUUAAGUCAUUCUGAAGUUGAAGAUUUCAAAGUCUGCAGUAUAGUAUCUCAGAUGACUCGAAAAAAUUCUGCAGCAGCUAUGGUUAAUUUGCCUGUAAUAAAAAUAUGUUCCGCUCCUCGAGAAUGUUUGUUGCCUGAAGAUAAAGUUUAUUGUUUGUACAAACUUUUUAAAUACUUGCCAGAAGUCGAUAAAACAUACAUAAGAACUCUAUUUUAUCAAUAUAAAGAUGAACAAAAUAUCAAAAAACUAAAAAAAAAGUUCAAAUCUUUGGAAAAUGAAAACAAUCCAAAAUUAAAUAAGAAAAGUGAGAGCAAAACCAAACCAAAUAAGAAUAAAGAUAAAACCUUAAUGUAG